AGGUCAGAAUUACUGUUGAGAAUUAACACAAUCUUAACAAUUAUGCGGAAAAUUGUAUAAAUAUAUUUUAUGAAAAUUGUAUUUUUAUAUUUUAUGGAGGUUGAGACUGCACUUUUUCUAGUUACAUGACUGUACAAUUUGCUGUCAGCUUUUGUAAGAGAACCUUUAAAUUUGCUGACAGCUCGGGUAGAAUCUUGAGAUCUGACUGGGGAAAUAAAAAUUUUCAAAGCCAAAGUAUGUGUGCAGAGUUAAUUAAGAUCAGGGAUAUUAAGUAUUAAUUGACCUUACCUCUCAGAUACUGAGCCACGAUGACAGCUGCUGGGCAAUAAUCACAGCCACGGAGUUUCUCCUUAUCAGCAAAGGUGCACUCGAUGAUGCUUUGAAAGUAAUCACUUUCAUCCCUCUCCAAGUGGGCUGGAAGUUCAGUGAGGACAUUACAGAUAUGCUCCUUCACAUCAUGAAGAGGUUCUGUAGCAAAUUCAGAUGAGUGCAGAGACAUUCGAUUCAACCCAGACAACAAAGACAAGUAUUUACGUAAUCACAUAAUCAAAGCGGUGCCAGUUGAAAAUAAAAUGAUCUGCGAACUGAUUUGCUAUAGAGACCCCGAUUGUGUGUCUUACAACUAUGGACCAGUUCUGAGUGAGAAUCCUUUAUGUGAACUGAAUAACAGCACACAUUUACAAGCCUUGAGCGAGAAUUUCAUAAACAGAAACGGCUACAGCUACCGAGGAAUAGAGAACCCUUGUGGAAACAGCCCAUGUCAGAGUAAUUCAAUUUGCCAAGCUGGGUUUACUUCAAAAGGAUACCGCUGUGUCUGUCCAAGAGGAUUUGGAGGAGAGAAUUGUGAACAAGUCAUUCUGCCUCAGAACUGUUCUGAGGCCCCAAAGGAAACGGGAGUCUACAAAAUUUCUAAUCAUGGAUCAGACCCAUUCCCAGUGUACUGCGAUCAAACAAGUGAUGGAGGGGGUUGGACGAUGAUAUUCAAAUACAUUGGAGGGAUUUCUUCUUCACCGACUGGUAAAGUGUUAUGGAGUUCAUCCGACACAUUAUCAGAAAAUAUUACCGCUGCUUUAGAUACCAGCGCAACCUACCAAGGUCAUUACAAAAACCGUCUCAUUCAAAGUUGGCAAACUUUUAACCCUCAAGAGGUUCGUGUAGUAAUUUACACGAAUGGAACAGAAGUUAUGCAUAUGAAGUUCAAUGGCAGAGGGACAACUAACCUUGACUGGUUUUCACAAAAUAAUCUAUUUCAAUCACCAUGGACGGAUCUUAAGAACGCGACAAACAUUUUUAUCUUUCGCAUUCAUGGUGCCGCGGCGCGCAGCUUUGAAAUUGCAGGUAACCACUAUGGAUGCCCUCGUGAUACUGGGUGGUUUUUGAUCACGGGACCUCACUGUCCCUAUGAGAAAUCUCACCCUCAGGCUAUACCGGGAAUUCUGUACAGCAAGAAAACUCACAAAAUUACAUGGAAUAACAACCAAGCUGACGUCGGAGGCGCUGAGGUUCUGAUUGUGUAUGUACGUUAAAGACCAAGGAGGCCACUGAUUCAAUGACUAAAGUAAAACAUUUCCCGAAAUUUGGGACAACAUGGCGGAGGCGGUUCUCGUGUCACAAGCAAAAUGGCGCCGAAACAGUAUAAGAAAAUGUAUGGGAAAAGAUUGUUUUUUCAAAUUAGCUGUCUAAUAAUGGGAUAUUCUUUCGCUGCGUAGUUGGAAAUGCAGCCUGGAAAUGCCUGCGUAGUUGGAAAUGCAGCGUCCUUCGCUGCGAAAAAGAAAUACUCAAAUUCAAGCCUACCUUUUCCCAAGGGAUAAGAGUAGACUCAUAAUUCUGACUCCAUUU